AUGGUGAAAUUACCCAGCCAGAUUAAUCCAACGGCCUCAAACAAACUUCUCAUUGUCAAUCUAAAAUUCGAUGAACGAUUGCAGCCCACACCGCUCCAAGAAUUUCGAAAGAAGUCACCUCCUCAAAUCCCUGCGAAAUCAGUACUCAAUGUUUUAAGGGAUGGUCCGUUGUCCGCAAAAUUAUCACACGCGGUUGGCUCCGCCAAAAAUGAUGAAUUGCUGCACUUUCGGUAUGCCAGCUUUGGUCUCUUUGGCGCUGUGUAUGAAGCGUGGUUGAAUCAUUGGGCACUUCGCACCACACCUGAGGACUGGUGGUUCCCCGUGGCUUUGAAAAUCGCUAAGGCAGUUGACAAGCAGCCAAGUAUGGGCACCGUGCUGAGGAUAUCGUAG